AUGGAUCAGGACAAUUCCCAGAAAUGUCACAGUCAUACAGGUAAAAAUAUUAUUACUCAUAACUCUUAUAUUGAUCUUGUUGAACCAGAUCUGCCAAACAGUCCAGGCAAAGAACUUUAUUACUCAAGAUCUGCAAAACAGUCCAUGCAGUUCUUUAUGUCUAGUAAAGCUGGUCAUAAUGCACUUGUAUUUGAGAAGUACCAGCAGAAAGCAAAGAACUUUAUGUGUUCAUGUCUUGCAAAGGAUGACAGAAAUACCCAGAAAACUCCUGCAGGUCUCAUCUAUAUGCAAAGAUGGAACAAUAUGUAUUUUGUUACUAGUGUUGCAUUCCUUGCCACUACUUAUUCUGACUAUUUGGCCUCUGCUGGCAAAUACCUCAAGUGUUCUUCUGGUUCUGUUUCUCCGAAUGAGCUUCUCUCAUUCUCUAAGUCUCACGUAAAGAUUUUAACUUUGAUAGAGUGCUACAAGCCUGUGGACUACAUUCUUGGUGACAACCUGAGAGCAACAAAAUAG